CAUCGCCGAUAUGGGAACACAAAGGCGGCAAUAUUCCCAUAAACUUCUUUGGAUCGCCUUUCGAGAUAAUUGGUUCGGAGAGCAGACACUGCCUACAUGGAACAACGAAGGUACGACAAACAGUCGAGACCGUACACAGCAGGGGGUGGGGGCAACUGCCCCCCAUUAACGAAAACUAUAUUUACGACUUUUUUCGGCAUAUAUGCCUUACCGCUACCUGGUGGAAAAAAUCCUGCGCAUGGCUCAGCAAACAGUAGGAUGUAUACGUAUUUUGGCCUUGAUAUAUACAUCCUUUAGGUUUCAGGGUAAUUAAGGGGCAAGCCAGUCAGGGUAAUUAAGUGGUGUAAUUCAAAAAUACCCAAUAGACCUUUCCGGACCGCCUUAAAUGGAAUGGAUUUUAAGUUUGCAGGAGCGUAGGAAGCAUCAAAAGAUUGGGGGGGGGGAGCAGUUCCUACGCCCCUGUAAAUUUGUUCUGCUCCUCUGACCAUAGCCCGUGAGAAACAAACUUAAAAUCCAUUCCAUUUAAGGCGGUCCUAGGUUAGAAACGGCGUAGUCGUAACGUAACUACAGGAAAAGUAUAUUUAUUGUCACUAUUUUUUAAUGAAACCGAUCACAAAACACGAUAAUUUUAGGUUGUCUGUUUAGGUAACGUCUACAAUAUAGUACUUUAUAAAAGAGAAAUAUUAAACGUUACGACGCGGUAAUUAAAUUUCGUUACUUUCCCCUAAUAAAUUAAUGGUUAUAAAAACAGUUUUUCAGCCUGAUAUUCGACAUAAGUUAAAUUAUACAUGAUAAUAUGGCCAAGAAGAGAAUAAAAGUAUGCUAUACCCAACCUCUAGAUCAUUAAUUUUAGGAUACACGUGGAGGCUGGAAGCGUGAAGAAGCGACUGAACAUGACUAUAGCUGCCCGAAAACCCGCAUUUUUUUGCAAGGAACACGGAAAUUAAAUUGCCCUGCAGAGAUUCAAAUACGCACUGUAAAGGUAUAUUCCAAUUAUUCAGUAGAAUUGAAUGACUGUAAGUCAGAAAGAAUGGCGAGAACCAGAAAAGAAAAGAUGAUUUCUACGCUAAAGGGCGAUCUAGAAAAAGGAAAAAAGCCAGAAUUCAAGAUAUGUCAUUUUGUGAGGUUUCCACUGUUAAACACGCACAAGGGUCAUCCUAUCGGUGACAAUGCCCGUAUUCACCAGAUAGUCGACAAUCAGAUUAUUGCAAAGGUGGAUGAUCUAGUUAAAAAAAACAUCACAAAUACUAACGAAGUGAAACGAUUUCUGCAGGAAUACGUCAAAAAAGAACUUUUUGAAAAUGCACCAGAAGAUGAAAUACCCGAGCCAACCAAUCGCAAGUUUUACCCCACCAAGAAAGAUCUGCAAAACCACAUAGCCCGCUCUAUUUUUGCCAUGAAAACAUGCAAAGAUGACCAAGAAGCGCUGAGACGAAAGAUUGAAACCUGGCAAGAAGAAACUCCAGAAACAAAUUUUUAUUACCGUCCAUGUAAUCCAAUUGACGAAGUUAAACAGCCCAAGCAGAGUCAAAAAGUCACCUUUUUGUUUGUCCAUCAAGAGCCGUGGCAACAAAGGCUGCUAGCUAGAUACGGAUCUAAGCUAGUUUUAAUGGAUGCGACUUACAAGGCAACGAAAUACGCUCUUCCGUUGUUUUUCAUUUGCGUGAAUACAAACGCUGGUUACAAGGUGAUAGCCGAGUUCAUCACCCAAUAUGAAAAUCACCAAUCAAUAUCGGAAGCUUUAGCAAUCUUGAAAUCAUGGAAUCCAAAUUGGUCACCUCUGUCCUGGAUGCUUGAUUAUUCUGGCGUAGAAAUAAGUGCAGUAGAAGAGCAGUUUCCAAAAUCUGUAGUUUAUAUUUGUGAUUUUCACCGCUUGCAAGCAUGGCAACGAUGGGUUCGAAAGUCCAAGAAUGGGCUAACGCAAAACGAGCAAGAGGAGCUUAUGCACUACCUUAAGAAGAUUGCUGACGCAAAGACAAAAGAGGAUUAUGAAGAUGCGGUUGAAGAGUUACGAGAUCUGCCGUUAUACGAUGAGAAAGAAAAUGUGCAGAAAUACAUUGAGAACACCUGGCUUUCAUGUUCAUUUCGUUGGGCACGUGCAUUCCGCAUUCACGAAGUAGAUCAGGUCGUAAAUACCAACAACGGCGUUGAAGCUCAAAAUCGUCUCCUAAAGUAUAACUACCUUCCGUAUUCGAUUGACAAGUCUGUUUAUGGAAUUGCAACGAUGUUGGUGGAGUCAUUCAUCCCAGAAUCAUACACGUCUUACCGCAAUAUGAACAUGAAAUUGAGUGACAAGUAUCGAUCCUACAAUGCAAUGAUUCCAAAGUACUUGCACAACAGACCACCAAUUUUUAUCAAGCAUUGUCUAAAGUCUCAGUUCGCCGCAGAAGAAUUCCGUGAUAGGGAUAUAGUCUGUCAAGAUGCUCAACAAGGUAUAUUCCAAGUACGAAGUUCCUCUGAGUAUGGCAAGCACCAUACAAUUCUCUUUUAUAUUCCCAGCUGCACAUGCGAGUCGUGGCAAAGAUCACACUAUCCUUGCAAACACUUCUACGCUGUGUUCAAUUAUUACGAAGAGUGGUCUUUCCAGAGUUUACCCUCUGCAUACCGAAACAGCCCAUUCCUCACACUAGAUUCUGAGAUAGUUGAAAUGAAACAACCAACGAUGGAUUCUGAAACAACAUCCACAUAUGGCAAUGAAGAAGAAAACGAAUUAGAAAAGCCGCCUAAAUCAGAAGAGACAAAAGAAGAUGAAAAGCACGACGACGACGAAUUUAAAGAAGGCGACGUCGAAGAAAGGCAUGACAAGUGGAAAGAAGAGGAGUCGGGAAUUGGUCUGGAACAGGAAAUGCAGCAAGAAGAGCAAAGAAGCAUUAAACAUGAUACGAGGCAAUUAUCUGACUUACAGAUUGGCACACUACAGAAACAACUACGAGAAGAGUCUAAAGAAAUCAUCGACAUCAGUUACCUUGUAGACAAUAAAGAUGCCAUCAAUGAUGCACUAAAAAAGCUGGAAAACGUUCACCAAGAUCUGCGAAAGCACACCAAAGUAAAAAGCGGGAUCAGUCUGCGACUUUCUCCUCAAAAAAGGAAACUUAAAUUAUCAUCGACAGAUUAUCACAAGGUUUUUUAUAAAAAACUAGAGCGUCGGAAGAAAUACAAGCGCCAAGAUAAGAACAAAGAUUCGUUUGUAAUUGACCCGACUUGUGUGGAUGACACUCAGAAUAAUGCCAAUGGAACCAAUGCUGUUCACCAACAAAAGGCAAAUCGGAAAAGCGUAAGUCUUGUUGCAAAAUACAGUAUUUCAAUCACUUUUUAAUCACAGAAUAUCAGGGUCGGGUAUUGAAUAAUUGUGGGUAGGUUUCAAUGUAAGGGUAUAUCACAUUUUUUUCCGGAAUCUCACUCGCUGGAAUAGACUGUUGAAGUUUAUCAGUAAAAUUUCGAAAUCGAUUCCAUCUUUUUCAGGCAGUUUAAAAUGAAGCGAGUAGCAUUGUUCUUAUGCAUGCAUUGUCUAAAACAACAUGAAUAUAUUGUCUGUCUGUAGAAAACCUCUUCAGCUGAAACUGGGAGUGCACUUAAAAGAACAACAAAAGUAGUUAAAAGACCGCUGAGGUAGGUCAUACAUUCAUGUUACCUCAUCAUAACAGGAAUGGAUUUACUGGUGCAGGAGGGUUCGAACCACCUAGCCUUCUCCACCGGGGCGCAAUUUUCGCAUAGAAAUGUUAAAAAGUUUAAUUGUUUUUAAUUUAGAACAAGCAACACAACUAAUGUAUCAGAACCAUUCCAGAGAUUACGCAUGGCACCACAAUGGAAAAUGAAAACCAACGACACCAUGCUAAAGUUUGGACCUUACAAUGUUACACCUGGUGAUUUAUGGACUUUGAUGCCUGUGCAAUGCCUGCAACCCCAAGACUAUAAAAUGCUUGCCACUUCACUGUCACGCUCCUUUAUUCCAGGAUGGCUUGUCGAUUCG